CUGGUCUAAAAGUGGUGCAGAGAGACAGAGCCAACAGGGGAGAGAGAGAGAGAGAGAGAGAGAGAGAGAGAGAUAAUAACAACUUGACAAUACUACUAAUAACACUAAUAACUUGGCUGCUGCCACUGCUACAGCAAGAAGUCAGCUCAGAAUCUCAAGACUGAAGAAACCAGGUCCCUUGCCACAGGAGCACCAGCAACUACAGACAGAGAGAGGAGGAACUGCCCAUCCCUAGAGACAAUAUAUUCCAUUUGAAUUGCUCUGUGGACAGUAACAUGAGGAACCUCUCCCGAAAAAGGGACACGAUCAAACUUUGAGGGUCUGGAGAGAGGAUCUGACUUUGCAGAACUACCCAUCCGAGACCGACUGACUUGGGGUUAGUUGGUUUUCUUCCCACCUGGAGCAACCAAAGUCAAAGCAGCGGGGAAGGACACGGGGCCUCCCCCUAAGAGAAGGGGAUCACUGAGGGGUGGAAGAAACGGCGAGACCUCCCUGCCCCCCAAGUAACCUUCGCUCCAGGAGGCUAGGAGGGGGGCAGCCUGUCCUCCAGGGACCUGUGCAAGUGAGAAGAGCCCUCCCCCCCGUCCAACCAACCUCCCCCCCCCCCGGCCCCUGGUCUUUGCUACUUGCCAAGGGUGAAGGGGGAGCCAACCCCCAGCCCGCGCUGCUCGCCAAGAAGGAAACCUUUGCCGCUGUCCAGGGGAAGAAACAAGACCCCCCCCCCCACACACACACAGGCUGUUCCCGACAGGGAAGGAGACCCCCCGCCAGCCACCUCCCCAGCCCAGCUCCGGGGGCUGCCCUAGAGCCGCCCCCAGCCCCAGCCUGGCGGCCAGGGGAGAAGAGGCCGGGCCCCGGUGAGGCAGCAGCCGCGCUAUGAAGCUGGAGGUCUUCGCCCCGCGCUGCGAGGACAAGCUGGGCGGCAGCGACCAGGAGGGCAGCGGGGCCCCGUCCCCCGCGCCGGGCGACAGCGAGCUGGGCUCGGACGGGGACUGCGCCGCCCACAGCCCGGGCGGCGAGGGGGAGGGGGCGGCGGCGGGCGCGGGGCCGGCGGGCGCGGAGGGCGGGAAAGCGAGCAAGCCCUACACGCGGCGGCCCAAGCCGCCCUACUCCUACAUCGCGCUCAUCGCCAUGGCCAUCCGCGACUCGGCCGGCGGCCGCCUCACGCUGGCCGAGAUCAACGACUACCUGAUGGGCCGCUUCCCCUUCUUCCGCGGCGCCUACACGGGCUGGCGCAACUCGGUGCGCCACAACCUGUCGCUCAACGACUGCUUCCUCAAGGUGCUGCGCGACCCGGCGCGGCCCUGGGGCAAGGACAACUACUGGAUGCUCAACCCCAGCAGCGAGUACACCUUCGCCGACGGGGUCUUCCGCCGCCGCCGCAAGCGCCUCAGCCGCGCCCCGCCGCCGCCGCCGCCGCCGCUUCCCGCCCGCCCGCCAGCCCCCUGCAGCUGCGGCGGGGCCGCCGCCGAGGAAGGGCGAGCGGGCGCCGCCGCGGCCAGGCCGGCCUCCAAGUUCUCCAGCUCCUUCGCCAUCGAGAGCAUCCUGAGCCGGCCCUUCCAGCGCGCCCCCGCCCCGAGCCCGGCGCCCUGGGCCGCGCCGCCCGGCCCCUACCCGCUGGGCUCCUACCCGCCCCCGCCGGCCUCGCUCUACGCCGGUGGCGGCCUCCUGCCGCUCAGCGCCUACGGGCCCCCGCCGCUGGAGCGCAGGAGGGGGGCGCUGGCGGCCAGCAGCGGCCCCCCGCCGCCGGAGCCUGCCCAGCUCUUCUCCUCCCCUUCCGAGGCGCUGCUCGGCUCCCCGCUCUAUGGCCCCCUCCGGCUGCCCGGCCCCUUGCACACAGCCCCGGGGCUCCCUGCCUCGUACCCGCCCUACCCCCUCGAGAGCCUCCGGACUUAAUACAGACCCCUCCUCCCCGAGGCGGGGAACACGUGGAGGGGGAGCAAGGGAGGAGGUGGGCGACGAGGCUCUGGCGUCUGCGCUGUCUACCCAGAGACAAGUGACUGUGCCUUAGACCUCACCGGGGCGGGGGUUGACACAAACCAAAGUGGGGCGCUUUGUAGUUGGACUUCGCAAUGGGCCACAGCGCUUCUUAGUCACUGUUGAAACUACUUGGCUUAAGGCAGGUGCCUGAUCUGCUCUCGCGCUGGUUUCUCGCUGCGCGAAGCCAUGUGUCAUUGAUCAGGGGACCAAUUCCGUCAGGCUCAGUCCCGACUACGGGUUUGGGGGUGCGCUGGGCACCCAAGGGCGAGGGCUGGGCGAGUGAAAAGGUGCCAGAGGUUGCCGGGUCAUUUCUCUACUCCGAACCACUGCAUCACUGUGCCAAAAUAACCCCCCCCCCCCACCCUCCACCCCCGUGCAGAACCUCGCAUUUCGCGAAGAGGGCGUGGGUUUAUUUAUACAUUGUACACUAAAAAAUGUUUUAACACGGCAGGUUGCAGCUUUUUUAAAAAAAAUAUAUCGUUAGGUUGGGUUCAAUGAAAUGUCAGCCGUGAUCUCUUUCUGUGCUCGAUCUGUUUUCCGAGUUGUGGUUUUGGAGAUAAGACCACUGGCAAGCCAGGAGUGAUUUUUUUUUCCCCCUCUGUAUAUUUGUGCGUGACUAUUUUAUGAGAAAAAGAAAAAAAACCUCAGGCUUCAUGGUUAUUUUCCAAUAAAAGAACUCCACAAGGAAGAGCGUGAUGUCUCUGUGUAAGACAGGUGGGCGGGGAGGGGGUUGAUACCGACAAGGAAACCAUGUAAAAUAGUGCUAGAGAAAGAAGUUGUGUGGACGGAAAGAAAGUGGCCAGGUUG